UCGUGUGUCGGAAGUAACUGAAAAGGGGAAGCGUUAGGAAGAAUGCUGUUUAUCUGUCCCUAUGAUUGAGUUCGUCAUGAUUUAUAUAUGCUUCUUUUGCCUCUGUACACCUUUCCAUCACGUCAAAGAAUUGAAAACAUCCAUGCUUCGCUCAGGCUCAAUUCCUCUCAGGCUAUCUUAGGCUGCUGUUACCACAAAUAUUGCGCAUGCGUCGGGCACCAUUUUGGACUUCGAUUUCUGUUAAGAUAACAAGGAAAGUUCGCAAAACGGCGAGAUUCUUGGCGCUGCAUUUUUUUCACGAGUAUUCUGAAUUACUGUUCACAGAAUUUCGUCUCAGUAAACUCUGAAGUUCCUCGCGCUAGCUCAGCUUGCGAGCUGCUGACAUAGAGACGCGGUAGUGAUCAGCACAUCGCUACAAGCAAAGAUCGAUUGUGAGUGUAAAGUGUUGUGACUGUGUGGAAAUGUGUAAAGUACAAAUGCUGAGAGCGUUGGUGAAUCAGCGACUAACUGCGGCUGUGGAAGAAAUAUUUGUAGUGUUGGAAAGAACGAUAGCAGAGUACGAGGAGGAACUUUCUCGAACAAAAGAGGAGAACGAGCGACAACGUCAGCUACUGGAGGCUGUUUUUAAGAAGCAUCAAGUUGUGUUACACAGAGCAGACGUCAAUGACAAACAUCUUCCCCCUGAGGAGAAGGAGUGGAGCUCCAGGAUGGAGCAGGAGGAGCCACAGCCACCUCACAUUAAAGAGGAAGAGGAGGAGCCACAGCCCCUACACAUUAAAAAGGAAGACGAGGAUCACAGCUUCACUCAGGAGAGAGAGUAUCUUGAAGGAUUGGAGGAGUUCCCAGUGAUUGGUGUUCCUGUGAAGAGUGAAGAUGAUGAAGACAAAGGUGAAAGUGAGGAGAAGAGAGAAGUGGAGCCUCAUAGCAGCAGCAGCAGCAGCUCAGCUCAACACAUGACAACAGAAGCUGAUGGAGACCACUGUGGAGGAUCACAAGUAGACAACUUCUUAGCUCCACUAUCAGAUAGUGACGACACGACGUCACACUCUCCUGACACUGAUGAUGAAGACCCUAAAGCUGAUAUGACAUGUCACACUGACAACACACAUUUUAAAUGCCCUCAAUGUGACAAAACUUUUAAACAACAUAGUCGUCUGAAAAGACACAUAAGAAAUCACAACACACGCUGGAAAUGCUCUCAGUGUGACAAAGAUUUUAAUUACCGUUGUGAUCUGAAAAUACACAUGAGAACUCACACAGGAGAGAAACCAUUUUUGUGCUCCCUUUGUGGUAAAAGAUUCUCUCGGAAGCUGAAUUUGACAGAGCACACUAGAAUACACACUGGAGAGAAACCUUUUUCCUGUUCAGUGUGUAGUGCAGGAUUUAGGCUAAAUCAAGACUUGAAAAUACACAUGACCAUACACACUGGAGAGAACCCCUUUACAUGUUUAGUCUGUGGUAAAAUAUUCUCUCGUAAGCUAAAUUUGACAGCACACACUAGAAUACACACUGGAGAAAAACCAUAUUCCUGUUCAGUGUGUGGCAUAGGCUUUGUACAAAAUCAAAGUUUGAAAAUACACAUGAGAAGACACACUGGAGAAAAACCAUAUUCCUGUUCAGUGUGUGGAAUGGGUUUUGUACAAACUCAGUGUUUGAAAAGACACAUGAGAAGACACACUGGAGAAAAGCCACAUUCCUGUUCAGUGUGUGGUAAAGGUUUUGUACGAAAAGAUGAUAUGAAAAUACACACCAGAACACACACUGGUGAGAAAGUGUUGAGUUGCAGUGUGUGUGAUGAAAGAUUCUCUUAUAAGUACCAGCUUAACAAUCACAAGUGUGCUGGUGAGAACAGCAGCAGUAAAUGAAGUUGCACGACUCGAAAUAAACUGUCAACAUUUUGAUAACUUUGACUUUCUAACAUCGCCAUAUAUAACACAUUUAAUGUCAUUGUUGUGUGUGCAACACACUCUUGUUUAUAUAAUCUAAAAUCCUACGGAACAACAAAAAUAGCUCAUAAGAGUUCAUUUUUUUGGUUGUACAAUGCCCUAGCUACUGAUAUAAGAACUAGAGUGAUUUUGAUUAUUAUCAAGAAAGCCACGAAAAUGGCUAGAUUCCAGCUCUUCAAUUAAACUCGUAUGAACUGUUUUUGUUGUCGUCAUUAUAUUUGUCCAAACAAAUUCACAUUUUGUUUUACCAGGCAAUCAAAUUAACAAAAAACUGAAGAAACAAGGGUGGUCUCAUCAUUUCUUCCAUGACGCUUGGUCAAGAGUGUAAAGACAUCGCCUCGCCUGACGGAGGCAGUAACGCUAGAAUUCACAUUACUGUCUGCGUCUCGUGUGCCGGAAGUAAACAAAGAACGGAGGAAUUGUUCGAUUACUGUCGUUUAACUGUCCCUCUGAUUGAGUCUUGUUUCCUGCAGACGUCAGUGAAUAAGGUCUUACCCCUGAGCAGCACGUGUGGGGCUCCAGGGUGGAGCAGGAGAAGCCACAGCCCCCUUACAUUAAAGAGGACGAGCCACCACCCCUACACUUGAAAGAGGAACAGGAGAAUCACAGCAUCAGUAAGAGGGAGAGCAUCUUGAAGGACUGGAGGAGUUCCCAGUGAUUGGUGUCCAUGUAAGAGUAUAAUGAAGACAAAGGUGAAAGUGAGGAGAAGAGAGAGGUGGAGCCUCCAAGCAGCAGCUCAACUCAACACAUGACAACAGAAGCUGAUGGAGACCACUGUGGAGGAUCACAAGCAGACAACCAACGUCACACUCUCCUGGCAUUGAUGAUGAAGACUCCAAUUUUUAUAUGACAUGUCAUAUGAAAAUGGGCAGUCCUUGCCCCCUCCAUUGCCAUCAGACCUUUUCAGACCAGUGACUGAGGCUCGGUUUGAGACCUUGAUUCUUAUUUUCUUAAACCUUGUUGGAGAUGAAAUUCUCUGCAACCUACUAAAGGUCAAAAGGACCACUUUAGAAAAUUAAAUAAGCCAAUUUCACCUCCCCCUUACGUUUGUUAAUCUCUCUUUAUGAGAAGGAAAGAAGACUCACUCACUGCUAUUAGAAAAAUAAGUCAGACAGAGUAAUUUCACAUUCUUCGUAUAUCCGGGCGAGCUGGAUCCUAAUGUCCUCCUGUGGCUUCCUGACCAGAAGGAGAGAGAGCCACCCCGAUCGCUGGUCCCCUCUGCCUUUUUAUAAUUGUUUUCUUCAGACCAUUGGUGCCAGCGUCUCCCCAGAUAACUGUCUCCCGGAUUCUUUGAUGAAGUUGUGUGACACCAGCAGGUGAUAGUCGGAGCUUUCGCUGACUUGCUGACACUUUUCUUGCACAGAUAGCACAUACUUUCCCAGUCUGUCUCAAGGCCUAAGUUUGACUCUGCUUUUGUUCCCAUUUUAGCUGCUGGUCCCGGCUGGCCUUCACUGAUUGUACACUAUAUGUGAGCUUGCACUAUUUCUGCUUGACCUUUGAUAUACUCAAACAGUUAUUC